CUCGGUUACAGGCUGUGCUGUCCACCUAAAAGAUAAUCAGUGAAUUCUACCUGAAGUACUGACAGACACUGCCUUCAAAAGGGUUGCCGAUCUUGGACAAGAGGAAGGUUGGAUACUUGGUUUAAGAAGAAAGGUUUUGAUAAAGAGGAAAACAUAUAUUUCCAAAGCCAGUAGGGCAUACUAUCCCAGCAUGGGCAUGAGCAGCCUGAAAUUGCUGAAAUAUGUUCUGUUUAUAUUUAACUUGCUUUUUUGGGUCUGUGGCUGUUGCAUUUUGGGCUUUGGGAUCUACCUCCUGGUCCAAAAUACCUAUGGAGUACUCUUCCGUAACCUCCCCUUCCUGACACUUGGCAACAUUCUGGUCAUUGUGGGCUCCAUUAUCAUGGUAGUUGCCUUCUUGGGUUGCAUGGGCUCAAUCAAGGAGAAUAAGUGCCUGCUUAUGUCGUUCUUUGUUCUGCUGCUGAUUAUUCUCCUUGCUGAGGUGACCUUAGCCAUCCUGCUCUUUGUGUAUGAACAAAAGCUCAACACAUUAGUGGCUGAGGGACUGAAUGACAGCAUUCAACAUUAUCACUCUGACAACAGCACCAUGAAGGCAUGGGACUUCAUCCAGACACAACUGCAGUGUUGUGGUGUAAAUGGCUCAAGUGAUUGGACCAGUGGUCCACCAUCUUCCUGCCCACCAGGUGAAGAUGUUCAGGGUUGUUAUAAUAAGGCAAAAUCGUGGUUUCACUCCAAUUUCUUGUAUAUUGGAAUCAUUACCAUCUGUGUAUGUGUGAUACAGGUGCUGGGGAUGUCCUUUGCACUGACACUCAACUGCCAGAUUGACAAAACCAGUCAGGCUUUAGGGCUGUGACUUGCACCUACCCCCUGCUUAAGUGACUUACUCCUCUCUAGAAAGUCAAAGCAUCCAUUCCAUGAGGACUUAAACAAUUACCUGCCUGACUGGCAUUUUGGCUUCUUCUUAUUCCUUCUUUGACUGGAUCUCUGUCUUAUACACAUCCAGUGAAGAGAAUAUUUGUCAUGAACUUCCCAUAUCAAGCAGAAGACAAACAUUAACCAACUGAUAGCAGUAACCAUAUCCCUUAAAGAUGGUGAAACAUACCUGGGUGUUUUUUACAUACUUGGGUAUUUUUUUAAGAGACAUUGUAGCACUGGUGGUUUGAGAUCCACUGCCAGCUGCUGGUGUGGAUAUAUCUCAGAGUACUGGCCUAGCACAUGUGAGCCCUUGAGUUUAGCUCCAAAUACUAUAAAAAAGAGGUCCUAACAAUUGUCAAAUCAAUCUCUAGCCUAUAAAUCUUGCUACUUCCAUUCUACAAAGUCACAUAAGAGAGAAGCUGAAGGAAAAUUUUGAGUCCCAUUCAUUAGAUAAUUGACAUAUUCAGUUUGUUCUGAAUACAGUCUGUGGUAAUGGGAAUCAUACAGAGAUCUUUUAUCUCUGGAAAAAUUCCAAUUUCUUUGUCUUAUUUUGUUCCAUCCAUCCAUCCAUCCACCCACCUAUCCAUCCAUCCAGAAAAGAAUAAUUAUUCCCAUCUUAUUGUUAGCAAGUCUGGUAGCCUUGAAUUACAUUGCCAUAAAACAACCCAGAUGUAUUAAUAUCUCCAGUGUGUUAACUGAUAAUCACAUCCAUGUUUAUGUUUUAUUUCUCUAUUAAAUAAGGUUCUGUUAAUGUAUCAUUUUAACCUGUUAAUAAAAAUAGUUUAUAAUCACCAUUCAUCAAACGUUUGACUCAUUCUGAUAUUUCUGUUAGCAAGCCAAAUAUAUGUUAUAUUUCUGUAUAACAAAUUAGUUCAAAAUGUAGUGGCUAAGAACCUAUAUAUUUGUUUUAUAUAUUGAUUGAUUUAAAGACAGCAUUUUGCUAUGCAGCCCAGGCUGUCUUGGAACUUACUAUAUGACCAAAGCCGGCACCAAACUCAUGAUAAACCUGCUUUUAACUUCUGAAUAUUAGAAUUACAGGUAAGUGCUACUAAGUCAGAACAAACGUUUAUUGUCUGAUGGUUUUAUGUAAUCAAGAGUGUGGAAGUAACUUAGAAAAAUGAUUAUAGAUAGUUGAUUUUUGCAUAUAGUGAUUAAGUGGUCAGUCAUAUCUCCCACCAUCUCAUGUCUCAUUGGAAAAUUAAUCCACUGUCAUGUUCUCAUAUAGUUGUAAUGAGCCUCAUAAAAUGGCCACACAUAAUUUUAUAUGGGUAGUUUCCUGCAUAAUGAGACAGGUAAGACAUAAAAUGAUGUGUAGCAUCCAAGACAGAAGUCAUAGCACUUUUAUAACUUAACCCAGAAAUGAUGCCAUCAGUUAUUCUGGGUCAAAAGUUCAAUUUCCACCCAGGGCAAUAUUACACAAUGGGCAUAUGACUACUAGGAAGUUGAGAUCAUUGCUGGCCAAAUGAGAGAUUGCUAAUCAUCUCAUACGUUCUAUGUCAAAAAAUAUGGUAUACUUGUCUAUAUAUGUAUAAACAUAACUAUAGUCUAUAAAGUAGAAAAUUAGAACACAUAUAAUAUAAUGUCUAAUUUACAGAACUCACAAGAAUAGAAAAGAAUUGGUUCCUGUUUUAGAAAUGUUCUGUAGAAUUCUCUGACUUGCUUUAAGGAAAACUGGUUAUUUUAGUGGUGCUCUAUAAGGAAAAUAUCUAUUGCAUUUUCUGAGUCAUAUAAAGAGAAGAGUCAUGUAUUCCUCUUCUUUAUUCAAACUAACACUUAGUGGUGACAUUACCAGUAAGUUUUCCUGCCUAAUGCCUGAGCUUUGUUCUUAGCUCUAUUUUGUUCUUCACUCCUAAUAAAAUGUUAU